GUUCAGAAAUGACAUUUACAAGGAUAGGAUAGGAUGCUAUCCACCCCUCGAAAUUCGAAUCAUGGCUAUUAUCUUCCGAGCCCAUUAUCCACCACAUUCGGCCUUCAAAUCCCGCAAAGUCUCCACUCGCUUUCCCGCCGCCAAUUUCUUCUCUACCACCAUCAAGAUGGAAGGAACGAGUGCCACUGCAGAAGAAACCAAGGAGCAGAAACCGAGCAAGAUCUUCGUCGCGGGUUCCACGGGAAAGACGGGAAAGAGGAUUGUCGAGCAGCUUCUCUCAAAAAGUUAUGGGGUUAGGGCGGGGGCGCGCGAUGUAGAGAAGGCCAAAAGCAGCCUUCCCCAACACCCUAAUCUACAAAUCGUGAGGGCUGAUGUAACCGAGGGCUCGGAAAAGUUAGCGGAAGCGAUUGGGGAUGCGGAAGCUGUGGUUUGCGCCACGGGUUUUCAACCUUCGUUCGAUGUGUUCGCGCCAUGGAAGGUUGACAAUUUUGGUACUGUGAACCUUGUGGAAGCAUGCCGGAAGAUUGGGGUGAAAAGAUUUGUUCUUGUCAGUUCUAUUCUAGUCAAUGGAGCAGCCAUGGGUCAACUGUUAAACCCAGCUUAUAUAGUAUUAAAUUUGUUUGGCCUCACCUUGAUAGCAAAACUACAGGCAGAGAAGUACGUUAAGAGAUCUGGCAUCAAUUAUACCAUUAUUAGACCUGGCGGGUUAAGAAAUGAUCCCCCUAGUGGAAACAUAGUUAUGGAGCCCGAGGAUACUCUUUUUGAAGGUUCUAUAUCCAGAGAUCAAGUUGCAGAGGUUGCUGUCGAAGCCUUGGAGUGCCCAGAGUCUUACUUUAAAGUAAUAGAAAUUGUUUCGCGGGUUGAAGCUCCUAAACGGCCAUUAAAGGAUCUAUUCAGUGGCAUCAAGCAAAAAUAGUUCCUUUCUUUCCAAUUAAAACAAAACUAUUGCGUGAAUGAGUUUCUCUCUCUUUAUUUAUUUAUUUCUGGUUAUGUAAUUUGAAUAACACGUCUGCGAUUUUAAAUUGUAAAUAGAAGUCGUUCCACCUAAUAAGUGCAACCAAGCAUCGGUUUGCAGCAUCUUGAUAAGGAAA